CCCUAGAUGUCGGAAAAAAAUAUAUAAAAAAAAUAAUUAAAUAGUUAAAAAAACGUAAAUUCAAAAUGAAGAUCUUCUUAGUUAUUUUGGCGGUUACGGCCUUCGUUUCGGCUGAAGACAGUGACAAUACCUUGGAAUCGGCGAUUAACUUCAUUAAGGACUGCAAAGGAGACUACAUAUUAUGUGUGAAGGAAAAAAUGCUCAGAAUUGUCGACAAUUUGAGAGCAUCGAGAAGCAUUACAAUUGUAGAUGGAGUGGUCUUCAAAGGUGAACCCGAACCACGGUCCGCUAAGAAAAUGGACGCUCUGCCCGUUGACCCCACGGCUAGGGACGCUGAGGUCAACUACAGACUCGUGGAUGGAGUCGUGAGCCUGUUCGAAACCCAUGCCCUUGAGGUCAAGAUGAACCAGGCUGACAAAGACACCAUCCAGCGCUCACUCGAAGAAGGUCGUGGCAAAAAGAAGGGAGGCGGCGGUAUGGGAGGAAUCAUUGGUCUCCUCGGCGCCAAACUGUUGCUUGGCAAACUCUUCAUCGUCAAGCUCAUCGCCAUCAAGGCCCUCGCCACCGCCAAGAUUGCCCUCGUCCUCGCCGCCAUCCUCCUCGUCGCCUACUGCCUGAAGGGCGACCAGACGAAAACGACUUACGAGGUCAUCCCCCACGCUCACCACCAUGAGACUCACCACCCCGUCCACGUGGAGCAUGUCUCCCACGACUCUGGCCACGGUGGUCAUGGAGGAUACUCCAGCUACGGCGCUGACUGGAACAAGAACCUCGACGAAGCCCAAAACCUAGCAUACAGCGCAUACUCUCAUUCAUCUUAGAAAAAAAGACUUGUAGUGUAAAUCGACAGCCGUCGUAAGAACCUCUGUUGUACAAAGAAUUUAUUUAUUAUCUUAAUUUAUUGCCAUUAAUUUAUUGUUGAAUAAAUCUUAUUUAUUAUUACCAAUUA